AAGCGGCCUUUGUGUCUUUGACGGGUCGUCUGCCAUCAGAGGAGCUCAGUUCAGUUGGCUAGCGGAACAACAGCAGCAGCAGCAGCAGCGGAUGGUACAGAUUCAGCUUCGGUUACCAGCCUCAAACCGAGAUUUGUUACUGCAUUCUGUUUAUGUGAAACUAAAGGUGACAUUGCCUUGUAUGGAAUGACAACCUCACACCGAUAUAUUGAAUCCAAGCUAGCGGCUCGCUUUGCUGACAUGGAGUGGCAGACACCAGCUGUGUCAGAGAAGUUCCAAAGCCGUUUUGGCCGCCGGCCUGGAACAUCGGACAGUGGGGACACUGGUCUUGGCACCUCAGCAUCUGACAGCACAGAAGAUUUCUGCAGUUCCAGCAGCAGCCCCCCUUUCCAGCCCAUCCGCAGUCAGAUCCCAAUACCUACUGCACAUGUCAUGCCAUCCACGGCCGGAGCCCCGGCCUCUAAGCCCCGUUCAUGUGUCCAGGAGGAUUCCCUGUCCUCCGAGGGUCACAGGUCUUCCUCAAGUUCCAGAACCCCAAGUGGCUCCACCUCAAAGUCUUCCUCUCUCUCCAAAUCAGCAUCUUCACCUAACCUGGAUGCUCAGGCUGGUGUGGGAAGCGAUCAUGUGGGGCCAAAGCCAGACUGCCUGAGCCGCUACCGCAGCCUUGUCAAUGGGCUGGACCACUCGCUUUUCCCCUCGGAUCACACGCGGAUGGAUGAGGGCCAGAGGUUUGACACUCCUGCUGUGGAGCCUACGCUAAAUCAGUCAGCCCUGUUGGGGGGGUUAUGCCCUGAUGUCAGACUCCGAUUACAGGCGACCGGGAUUAGAGACACCCCAGACUGUGUGUCUGAGGCCUACAGAGGCAGCAUGGAGCACAGCUAUAAGGUUUUGCCUGAAGCUAGGCCUGGGGUUCCCGGCACAGCGGAAACCUCUAAUCAGAGGGGCAGUCAGCCUGGUGCGGCCGGAUCUGCUGGAGUUUAUGCAAACCCUCUCAGCCUGCAGACACAGGCUCUGCUGAGGGAGCACGCAGGCUCCAAAGGUUAUGAGCCAUUGCGGCAGGACAGAUGUGGUGAACUGUCCAGCUGGCAGCAACAACAGCAACAUAAGCAGCAACUGGAGAGUUUACGCCUGCAAGUGGAGCAAAUGCAGUUGAUGAGUGCUGGAGUGGGUCAGUACCCAUCUCUGUACUCGACGCCUGUUCACUCGGAGUCUGGCAAGUGGGACGCUCUGGUCAAAGCCAGUGAGAGUCUGCUGAAGGAGAAGGAGCUUAUCAUCGAGAGACAAAAGCAGCACAUGUCCCAGUUGGAGCAGCGUCUGAGGGAAAGCGAGCUGCAGGUUCACGGAGCCCUCCUGGGUCGAGGAGCUUCUUAUGGGGAUAUGUGUAUGCUGCGGCUACAGGAGGCUCAGAGGGAGAACGCCUUUCUGAGGGCGCAGUUUACUGAGCGUACCGACUGUGUUGCCCUGGAGAAAGCGGAGGCAGAGCGCAGACUGGGGGCCGUUGAGGCCGAGACACGCCGACUAACUGACAGCCUGAAAGAGACCUGUGAGAGACACGCAGAGGAGAUGAAGAAACAGGAAGAGAGGAUCCGCAGUCGAGACAAGCACAUCAACAACUUAAAAAAGAAGUGUCAGAAGGAGGCGGAGCUGAAGAGGGAGAACCAGCAGCGUAUUGAGACUCUGGAGCGCUAUCUAGCUGACCUGCCCACCUUGGAGGACUACCAGAGUCAGAAUAAGCAGCUUGUAGAGGCUGAACAGCAGGCGGCUCAGCUACAAGAGAAGGUACGAGAACUGGAGGUCUGUCUGGAGACGACGCGCUCACAACUACGGGAAAAAGACACACAGCUGGAAGAUCAGAAACGCAGGGAAAGAGACCUGCUGACCACCAUUACUGAUAUGCAGCAGCGGGUACAGCAGGGCCUCGAGGAUGGAGCCAGACUGCCUUCCCUGGAUAUGGAGAAGCUCAUAGGAGAGAAUAAUGCUUUGAGGGAGGAGCAGCAGAGACACAAAAAGGUCAUUGAGAAGCAGCACCGAAUGAUGGAACAGCUUGGCUCUCAGAUCCAGGCUUUGGAGGAGCAGAUAUCUCAGGAGGAGAGCAGCUCUCAAGCUCUCCGAGAAGAUGUGUUGGCCAAAGAACAGAAUGUGUUGGAGCUCCACGCGGCCAUGAAGGAGCUGUCGGCCCAGAACCAGGAGCUGAUGGAGCAGAAUCUGACCCUGCAGGAGCAAAUGAGUGAUCCAGAGCAGAGGGGCACUAACCAGGCCUCCUCUGCCCUGCAGCCAGCUGGGGCUCGUCUCACUCAAAGGCUUCAUGUAGAGAUCGCGUCCUGUCUCAGUGACCUGCGCUCCCUGUGCAGCAUUCUCACCCAGAGAGCUCAUGGACAAGACCCCAACCUCUCACUGCUGCUCGGUCUCACAUCGCCCCCACCAGUGGCAGAGCAGGACGAAGACUGGAUGAGUCCCGAGGUGCUGCAGAAGAAGCUGGUUGAAGCUCAACAGCUGCGUCGUGAUGUCGAGGAACUACGCAACGUAAUACUGGACCGGUAUGCGCAGGACAUGGGAGAAAACUGCAUCACCCAAUAACAUCGCCACCCAAGUGGCGAUGGAGGAAACUUGCCCCACUUCACCUCUGAAGCAUCUAAAACGGGCUUGUCUUUCAUGACUAGUUACUGAAUGUCAGAAAGAGGACUGGAUUUCAAUUUUCUUAAAAUGAGGACAGAGGAAAGCCCAAAUGGUUUAGCUUCUUCUUCUUCUUCUCUGGACUGACUGUACGUUGAUUCUCAAGCCUGCCUGUAGCUCAGAACCCUCCCAUCCCCCCGGUGAGUUCAUCUAUUUCAGUCCAAGGGCUAACGGAAAAUAACUUACCUCUAAUACUUGAUCCUUAAGCAUUGUGAGUGUGUUUUUUUAUUAAUGAUGACAUGAAUACUGUCAGUUACCAAACAGUCUUAUCCUUUUUGUUCCACUCUAGUGGAUAACUAUUUGUGUAGAAGUCCCACAAAUAUAAUUUAUUUAAACCUUAAUUUCCCUCUUGAGGGGAAUUAUCCAAGAAGUGGUUGACAAUCAACUGAAAAUAUCAUAACCUGUGCUUUUAACUGAAUUCACAAGGAAGUGUUACUAACAUGCCAUUAUUUAAAAUGGUGAACACUGUAACAUAAGACUCUGCUGUGAGGUAUAAGACUUGAUACUGAAGGGUUUAAUACCAAAUCAGCUUCUCACACCAACAGGCCUACAACAGUUUUAUUACCAAAGAAACUGGGCGAAGCAGUUGUGCAAGUCUGUGAAUGUUUGUGAACGCUUCUCUCUGCUGCAGGCCUCGUUCUGAAUGAAUACCAAAAUGUGCCUUUCUGUCACGUUUGCAACCACAAUGCUAAUUCAUUUUUAGAACAACCACAAAGGGCUGUUUGCAGCUGACUCCUCGAAUAUGACCUUUCUCUCAGUGUAUCAACCAGUAGGAUAGUCAAUACAUUCCCUGACUCUGAAUGUAGCAGAUAACUCUGGGCCUCAUCACACAGCUUGUGGCGGCCCUAUACACUGUUUUUGUUCCUGGUAGACAAAUGAAGUGAGUUGAAACUCUUCAGUCUGGGUGAGCUUUGCAGACUCUGCUCUAACUUUAGUUUACUGUACAUUUCAGGUUGAUAAUGGCUGACGCGCAUUCGACAGAAACUGUUUGAUAAACGUAUGACUGAGAAACAGUAUUAAUCUUCAGUAUUAUUUAUUUUGUAUUGUUUGCAUUGACAACUCAGUGUGAAAGCCUCCUAAUGUGUUGCUGUAACAAUGUGCUAAUGUGUUUGCAAAACUUUUGUAAAGGUCCCAUGAAGUGGCUUUUUGAUUGUAAUUUUCUCCUGUGGUUUGACGUAUUUCAUAGUAAGAUGUUGAGGCUGAUGGGAAGUGAUAGAGUUUUAAAGACUGGCAGCCGUCACUGAGGGUCCUUCACCUUCUUCAUGUCAUGUUUUAAUCCCACGUGGUGAGGGGUUGGCUGGAUCACCCCGAAAUCACCAAUCACACUGUACUGGAUGGAGUUUUAUAUCGUGUGCAGGAGAAGCCAUUUAAAAAAAAUAAAACUUGACACUUUACAGGAAGAGAAAGGGAUUUUAAUAUAAAUAUAUGCAACAAUGACUUUUUGUCAGAAGAAUAUAGAGAACAACACACCCAGGGACACACAAGCCAUUUUUCAUUUCAUGGGACCUUUAAAAUCUCUAGCACAAGAUUUAUCUUUGGAAAGUCAGGCUCCGCAUGCCUUAACAUCUCAAAUGUUUUGCAAAAGGGAAAAAGAUGUUUAUAUUUUCAUACUUUUGUCCUUAUUUGUAUUUGCAUAUUUUAGAAAUAAAGAUUUUCAACAUUUUGUUUUGUUUUAA